CUCCUGUGGACAGGAAUGACUGGUGCCUGUGACAACCGUUACAGCAUUGUGUCCUCUGAAGAAGACGGACUGAGGUUGACAACCAUGCCAGGAAUCAAUGGCUACGGCAAUGGGAAGAUCCACACGAGGAGGAAGUGCCGCAGCCGCUUUGUGAAGAAGAAUGGGCAGUGCAACGUGCAGUUCGCAAACAUGAGCGACAAGCCACAGCGGUACAUCGCUGACAUCUUCACCACGUGCGUGGAUGUGCGCUGGCGAUAUAUGCUGCUGAUCUUCUCUCUGGCAUUUCUCGUUUCAUGGUUGGCCUUCGGCUUGGCCUUCUGGCUCAUCGCUUUGAUCCAUGGAGACCUGGAAAAGCCCCUGGGUGAUGAGAACUUUAUCCCGUGUGUCUCGCAGGUGAAUGGAUUUAUUGCUGCCUUCCUUUUUUCUAUCGAAACUCAGACAACCAUUGGAUAUGGGUUUCGCUGUGUGACUGAGGAGUGUCCAUUGGCCAUCUUCCUGGUGGUCUUCCAGUCUAUUGUAGGUUGCAUUAUAGACUCGUUCAUGAUUGGAGCCAUAAUGGCAAAGAUGGCACGGCCAAAGAAGCGAGCCCAGACCUUACUCUUUAGCCACAAUGCUGUGAUAGCCAUGAGGGAUGGCAAGCUCUCCCUUAUGUGGCGAGUUGGAAACCUGAGGAAAAGUCAUAUUGUUGAAGCACACGUCAGGGCUCAGUUAAUCAAACCACGGAUCACUGAGGAAGGAGAGUACAUUCCCCUUGACCAGAUUGAUAUUGACGUGGGUUUUGAUAAAGGGUAUGAUCGCAUAUUCUUGGUUUCCCCUAUAACUAUCCUGCAUGAAAUUGAUGAGUCAAGUCCACUGUAUGGCAUCAGCAAGCAGGACCUGGAGGUGGCUGAUUUUGAGAUUGUGGUAAUCCUUGAAGGCAUGGUGGAAGCCACGGCAAUGACCACGCAGGCACGCAGCUCGUACCUGGCCAGCGAGAUCCUCUGGGGUCAGCGAUUUGAGCCAGUGCUCUUUGAGGAGAAGGACCAGUACAAAGUUGACUACUCACAUUUCCAUAAAACCUACGACGUCCCCACAACACCCUCUUGCAGUGCCAAGGAUCUGAUGGAGAGCAAGUUCCUCGUUCCCAGCACAAACUCCUUCUGCUAUGAGAAUGAGUUAGCUUUCAUGAGCCGGGACGAGGACGAUGAGGGUGAGGAUGAUGGCAGCAGGAUGUUGGAAAACCCCAGUCCCAACAGCAGCCGACAUGAAUUUGACCGGUUACAGGCAACGUUAGCUUUGGAUCAAAGGUCGUUCAGAAGGGAGUCGGAAAUAUGACCUUUGACUGUUACUGUGACCCUUUUGUCAAAAUAAGCAAUGGGAUUCUGAUCAUCAUGAGUGCCAUAAAUGAAGGUACAGCAUAGAAAUCGGUGAAAAUUUGAUUGUAAAGGUGGAGGGAAUUCUCAACAAUGAAGCUGAAUGAUUGCUGCAAUGCAACAGAAUGGGUUAGCAUUCAAUGUGAGCAAGAUAGAAUUAUUAUCGUCAAGAUUUUAAGAGAUUAUGUAAUAUUAACAAUUACCUUUGCAAUGGAUUUAGACAUUAAUGUAGGAAGUCAAGUAACUGGUUACAGCAAGAUUUUGGAUGUGAAGUCCUUUAGAAUGUGUGCAACCAUGAGCUUUAAGGAGAAUAGAUCUAGAAUAAAACCAUGAUGUUUAGACUUGCAAAUAGGCCAUUCAACUUGUCAGACCAGACUUAAUGCUCCUUAGGGUUUUCUUCACCAUUUGACAUUUUACUUGAAAGGAAGUAUUUUUGUGUCCGCUGGCAAAUGAACAGAGAGCAGAGAUGGAAUUACCAAGCAUCAAUGCACAUCAAGUUAGCCACACAGAGCGUGUGUGGCUUGAAGCUGGCCCGCACAAUUACCUGUGCACUUAACUAGUGUGAAGAGCUAGACAUUGUACGAGGUGAAAAUUGCACAAAGCCCCUGAGGUGUGUAAAAAAAAGGUAUCAUUCGCACGCGAAUUGUCACAUGAAUGUCGCUCAAGCAGAGUACAUUUUUGUAAAAUCAAAGAUCUUUAUCUUUAAAUACAAAUUACUUCAUAAGAUAUCAUUGUACAGACUUAGCUAGACUGAGUUCUAUUAUAUAUAAUGUAUAGACCUAGCUAAGAAGAAAGAUGUUCCCAUAUAUUUUAUAUAUACACAAUACACAAAAGCAAACUCCCAAAUACACAUCCAUUUAUUGGUACUUUUACAGACAGACAGGCCAGCACACAUUCAUGAACUAUCUGCCCACCUACAUUUACAUAAAGGCACACAGAGUUACACAUACACUCGCACACUGUAUAAUUGGGAAAAAUGAUGUUACAUACUGUAUAGACCUAGCCGGCAUGAGUGCUAUGGUUAAUUACUAUCAGGGAAUAAAUUAAAGGAAAUGUCUCAAGGUAGAGUGUUUCUCCACAAGACAGAAAUAGGAAGAAUAAAGCUCCAAGGAUCCAUUCCAAGUCUGCAUUGAUGGUAAAUGGGAGCUUUCGUUUCAGAACUGAUAUAUUGUCAGAGCCUUACAGCAGGCUUUUAGUGGAGCUCCAUACUAAGAACUGAACCCAACAAAAUAACUCACAUAAUAUCCUUAUCAGAAUUUUGAUUAAUAUUCUUUUUUUACAAAAAUGCCAAAUUGCAUGGAAACUCUCUGCUCGGAUAUUUCUUCUCUGCCGGCAGUUCUGCCAUCAUCAGCAGUGAGGUGGGCAAUUAGUUACCCCAGGGCAUCCUCAGAGGCAAGAGGACACCAGCUGCUGAAAGGCCUGAGAUAUGGUCUAUAGCCAUGGGGGGAGGAGAGGGGUAAAUCUUAUGGUGCACAUUUCCCCACCAGCUUUGAGGUCCACCAAAAUGGACUGACGUUCAACUUCCACUGAUUUUAUUUUUAAAGGAUUAUUCUCAGAAUGAGCAUCACUGGUAUUAAUUGUCCAUCCCCAAUUACUCUUCAGAAGCUGGUUGCAAGUUUUCUUAUGCUGAUGCAACCAGUGGGUGAAGGUGGUCCCACAGUCACUGUGGAGAGGCUUCAGAAUGCACAGGCCCUCUUGUAAAGAGCAUCCUCUGAAAUUUCAGGUGGGUGAUGCAUGAAUGGGGCAGUACUUUUAACUUCAAGGUACUCUUUCCUGCCAGGGUUUUCCAACCUCUUCUAGCUUUUGUUGAUUAGUGGCACUCUUUAGCAUUUGCCAUGCCUUCUGAGAAGGCACUGUCUUUGACACCUGUUGUGUGAAAUCCUUGUACCUACUAUAGGGGUGUGAUACCACAGGAACGUUUGUGGCGUGUCUCACACUAGGUAACCAUGGUGACAGCAUCAUCAGCUUCUCUGCUGCAGCCUUGCACUUGUGAGACUGUAUUAAUUGCUUUGACCAUCAAUUAUGCUAGACAACCUCCUUGUUUUGGAUGUAGCCAAUAAGCUUAACCCAGUGUUCCUGUUACUUUAAUUUCUUUCCUCUUUAAUUUUUGCGAUACGUCUCAGCAUAGAAGCUUGUGAUUAAAAAUGGUAUUUCUCUUAAAGGGAUAAGGUGAACUUUGACCUCUGUGGAAGUCUUCCUCUUC